AUGUCCGACACGCAGAAGCCAUUCGCUAUCAUUGUCGGGGCAGGCCCAUGUGGCCUCUUGUUGGCAUUACGACUCGCCAAAGCCGGGCUCAAAGUGCGAUUACUUGAAGCUGGCCACAAGCUUGACGACCAGCCUCGGGCAACUCACUAUAGUCCUGAAGCGGUAGAAGAGCUUGACAAGGCCGGGGUUCUCCCCGAUGUCCAGGCCCAAGGGUUCGUUCCCGAUGGCUUGUGCUGGCGGAAGCCUGACGGAACCCCGAUCGCAACCUUGUUAGCUUCCCUUUUGGCGGAGAAAGUCAAACAUGAAAUGCAAUGCUUGCCAUUGGAUAAACUCGGCAAGAUAAUUUACGACCAUGUUAUGAAGGAGCCCCACGCAAGCAUCCUUUGGGGCCACAAGGUCACGGGUGUGCAACAGCGCGAUGGGGGAGCAAGUGUGACAGUUGACGCUGAGGGCACAACAAAAAUAAUGGAAGCUACAUACGUAGUUGGAUGUGAUGGCGCGAACAGCCAGAUUAGGCGAACUUUGUUUGGAGAUAUGGAGUUUCCCGGGUGGACUUGGAAGGAGCAAAUUAUAUCCACAACUACUAACAUAUUGCCUCUGACUUACUACCCGUUUGAGAAGUACGGAUAUAUCGACAGCAACAUGAUUAUUGACCCUGAGCACUGGUACAUGGCAGCAAGAAUGUCCAAGGAUGGACUAUGGAAAGUCACGUACGGAGAGAUUCCAGGCCUCACAAAGGAGCAGUACCUCGAGCGACAGGCCUGGAAGUUCGAGACAAUGCUCCCCGGCAAUCCCAAGCCAAAAGAUUGGAACUGUACCGCUUUCAGUCCUUACAAGUGUCAUCAGCGCCUUGCGAAAUCGCUUCGCGUGGGUAACAUCCUGCUUGCCGGUGAUUCUGCACAUUUAUGCAACCCCUUUGGUGGUCUAGGACUCACUGGCGGUAUCCUUGACGUGGGUGGACUCUACGACUGCCUUUAUGGGAUAGCAACAGGCCGAGCAGAUGAGAGCAUUCUGGACCGUUACAGCGACGUUCGACGUCAGAUUUAUCACGACUUCACGGAUCCCAUUUCAACGGGAAAUAUGAAGCGCCUUAUGUACAACUCUGAGGAAGCGCUGGAAAAGGACCCAUUCCUGCAGUUAUGUCACGACUUUACUCAGUAUUAUAAAUCCUAA